AUGGCUAUGCUUCAAGAAAAAGAAAAAGAAGCCAUAGAAUUGGAAAUGGCCCGAAUGGCUCAUGAAUUGGAAAUGGCCAGAUUACAGGCGCAAGAUCGAGAAUCGACAAUUCAUAAUAUCGCCAAUUCAAGUUCAAUUAAUGCCGAAGCUGUUAAUGCUAGGAGAAAAUUUACGUUACCAAAGCUGGAGUUCAGGCAGUUUGGCGGCGAUGUCAAGGAAUGGCUUCCUUUUUGGAGCCAAUUUCAGCACAUAGAUAAGGAUGCGGAUAUUGCCCUUGAAGACAAAUUCCAUUAUCUGAUACAAGCUACUGUGAUGGGUUCCAGAGCGAGAGAGAUUGUAGAAAGUUUCCCGCCAACGGGGGCAAAUUAUACUAAAGCCAUCGAUAGUCUGAAAUCGAGAUUUGGAAACGAGGAUCUUUUGGUGGAGAUAUACGCAAGGGAACUUCUCAAAUUAAUUAUUAAUGUUCAGUUGAAUAGAUCUUUUCCGCUUACUUCCUUAUAUGAUAAGCUGGAAAUAUAUUUAAGAGCUUUGGACACUCUCGGGGUUACUACAGACAAGUGCGCAUCUAUUCUCUACCCGAUGGUAGAAUCCUGUUUUCCGGAAGAAUUUUUGAAGCCCUACCAUCGGAGUAAUUCUUUAACUCCAAAAUUAGAAGCCAAAGAAAGGCUGAACAAACUGAUGGUGUUUUUAAAGGAAGAAGUGGAGGGUGAAGCCCUAAUUAAUUUAGCUAUGGAAGGUUUUGGCCUGCUUAAAGUGAAAGAUAAUAAGGUUGCUAAGAAGGAAAAAGUUGAAUAA